CGGCUGGGGGCGAGCAGACCUCGAGCAGCCGCCGGCGCCGCAGCCGUUGCUACCACCGCAGCGCAGUGGGGUUCAGAGGCCCAGAAGGUGGUGACUGAGGAUGUCGUCCACCGCGGCUUUUUGCCUUCUCUCUACCCUAGGAGGGUAUUUGGUCACGUCGUUCUUGUUGCUUAAAUACCCAACGCUGUUGCACCAGAAAAAGAAGCAGCGAUUCCUCAGUAGGCACAUCUCUCACCGCGGAGGUGCUGGAGAAAACCUGGAGAACACAAUGACUGCCUUCCAGCAUGCUGUUAACAUUGGAACUGAUAUGUUAGAACUGGACUGCCAUAUCACAAAAGAUGAACAAGUCGUAGUGUCACAUGAUGCAAAUCUGAAGAGGUCAACUGGGAUCAAUGUAAAUGUCUCUGAUCUCAAAUAUUCUGAGCUCCCACCUUACCUUUGCAAACUGGAUGUCCCAUUUCAGAGAGCAAGCAAGAGUGAAGGAAAAGAUACCCGAAUUCCAUUGCUAAAGGAAGUGUUUGAAGCCUUUCCUGAGACCCCCAUUAACAUCGAUAUCAAAGUCAACAACAAUGUGCUAAUUCGGAAGGUCUCAGAAUUGGUGAAGCAGUAUAAGAGAGAGCACCUAACGGUGUGGGGCAAUGCCAGCUCUGAAAUUGUAGAAAAAUGUUUCAAAGAGAAUUCAGAUAUCCCUAUACUCUUCAGCCUACAGCGUGUCCUACUCAUCCUUGGCCUUUUCUUCACUGGCCUCUUGCCCUUUGUGCCCAUUCGAGAACAGUUCUUUGAAAUUCCAAUGCCUUCUAUCAUACUGAAACUAAAAGAACCACACACUAUGUCUAAAAGUCACAAGUUUCUCGUCUGGCUUUCUGAUACCUUAUUAAUGCGGAAAGCUUUAUUUGACCACCUCACUGCCCGGGGCAUCCAAGUCUACGUUUGGGUUUUAAAUGAAGAGCAUGAGUUCAAAAGAGCUUUUGAUUUGGGAGCGACUGGAGUGAUGACAGACUACCCAACAAAGCUUAAACAUUUCUUAAAUAAUUUUCCAGCAUAGAAAAGGGUCUCAGAAUUACUCAAAGGAGACAUGACAUGAAAAGAUUCCAGAAAAGGUGUGUCACCAUUGUGUUCCUGAGAUUUCCAGGAUGAUAAAAAGGUUUAAUCAGUUAAGUUUUAUUACCUCAUUUUAAAGCCUGUAUGGGAAUGUAGAAACUUCUCUCUACUAUAUAUUUAUUUUCAACAAUAUUGCAUAUUUUACAUUGGUAACUUGUUCUGACAGAUAACUGGCUAUGAGAUGUAAGUAGAUCAUUGAUCAAGAUGGCUGUAUGUCAUGCAGUAUUCUACUAUUGUGAAUCUAAAAUCAAAGACUAGAGACUGAAUUGGGCAUUAGCCUUCACUGAAAACAUGAUCAACUAUGGUAAAAGAUUAUUGAGUUGGGCAUGGUGAUGCGAGCCUGUAAUCCCAGCAUUUGGGAGGCUGAGGUAAGAGGGUCAUGUGUUCAAGGUCAGUCUGAGCUACAUAGUGAACUCCCCUGUGUUUACAUUUUUUUUUUAAUAAAAAGAAGAGAAUUAUUGAAGGCCAUUGCAGCCUUUUUGAAUUGUCUGGUUAUGUCUAGGUGUGUUUUAGUUAAAGGGGAAAUAAGUGGAAGAAGGACCUGGAAGUAGAUGUUUAAUAGUUAACUAGCAAGGCAUGUGCUGUUGAUAGAAGGCAAAUUCAAGUGAGGUCUAUUACUUACUCAGAAAUCAACUCUGUGAGAUGAAACAGACUUUGAGAUUAUGGUUGUUAAUGGGGACAUUCUAUGUGGAGUCCUUUUCAGGUGUGUGACAAUGCUACCGUGUCUAUUUUUCUAUGUCUUCAAAAAUAGACUUUUUCAUUGUAAACUAAGACAAGAUCCAGUUAGUCAUGUUUUUAUGUUUCUUCUAAAGAAAUACACAGUUCUUAUCUUUUGGGCUUGACUUGACUGUUUGAGCCUCCAUGUACAUUGUAAGUGACAUCGCAUUCAGCAAUGAUUAAGCUGGUGGGAGUGCAGCACCGUUGUGGGUAUUUUUAGUGUGAGUCACCUGUACUUGAUCUUCAGGAACUCAGUCUACUGAGGAUUAGAUACUGCCGACAGACUUACCCAACAUUAGAUAGCACUUCCUCUCCUUUCCAAUGUGACUUCAUGCAAAUCUAUUUCUAACCUUUUUGACUAAUUUUCCAUGAUCUCAGAUUGGGAGAUAAAUACAAUACAGACUAAUAAAUAAAUGUCUUUUUGCCUAAA